AUGAAUACCACAUUCAAGAGUCUUCUUUCGUUUGGUCUGGUGGCCUGGUUUACUGCUGUGAGGCUAGCAGCUGCAGUCAAGCUAUCGGAUCACACUCAGGACCUGUUUGAAGAGUCGAUGAACUUUCUGGACAAGAUUUAUGACCCUGUUGCCGGCUAUCUUCACUUCUUCUACUUCCCGCUUGCCGCGGGUAAGCAUGAAACCCGCUCUUCCGUCUGGUACGCAACAGGCCUUCUCCAGCGCAAUCAGGGAGACGACGUAGAUCAGGCUGUCAAGAUCAUCAAAAGCGUCAUCGCGGACCAGAAGAAAGUACCAGGAGAACAAUGGUAUGGCGACUAUACUGUAUAUCCCGAGGAACCAACUGUGGGAUCCCCAGCAUACCCAAAGAACAUCUUCAACUCUUGGGACCCAAAUUGGCGAGGGUUCAUUGGGACCAAUCUCAUCGUGAUCUACGAAGAGUUCCGGCAUCUGAUUUCCGAAGACGUUCAGCUCCUCAUCCUUGAGAGUAUGCGGAACAACACUAUUGGCGAUAGUUAUCGAGUCGGGGGCGUGGAUGAUGAUGUCUUGUACCCAUCUUACAGCAACCCAGCUCUCAUGAGGGCUAUCGCCACUGGAUGGACUGGCCGUUUGCUCAACGACUCUAAUAUGACCGCAGCUGGGGAACUGUACGCUCGACAGAUUCUGGACCUUUUUGACCGCAACGACACGCUUUCUGAGUUCAACAGUCCAACCUACGCAGGGGUCAGCCUCUACGCGCUAACAAUGUGGGCCAAGUAUAUGCCUGAAUCGUCUCUCAUGGGCCAGAAUGGUGGGCGUAUGAUUGAAGCGGUAUGGGAGACCAUUGGAAACAUGUACAACGCUAAUCUUCGCAACAUCGCCGGCCCAUGGGAUAGAACUUACGGGUUCGAUAUGAACCAAUACGUCGCCAUCCUCAACGUAUACAUUUGGUCCCUCAUCGGCAAGUCCAAGGCGCCGGGUAUCAGCCAGACCUGGAGCAUGGCCCAUGCUGACGAUUUUGAGUACGCGCCACUUAUCUCUGUUCUGGCACCAUUUCACGACGCACUUGUGCCAGAGUCGGUCAUCCAAAAACUCCUAUCCUUUCCUGGGGAGCAUAUGUACGAGACCACGGUAUUUUCUCCUCCACACGACUUGGCGCCUCGGAACGUUACAGCAUGGCUUUCCGACAACGUCACCAUUGGCGCUGAGUCAUACGAUGAGGAUACACUUGGUGGUCCCCGACAAGACUCCUUGCAGUGGUCGCCUGCCGUAAUUCAAUGGGCGCGAAAUGAUGGUAGCAUCGGAUACAUUGUUCUUCAUGGGACUGAACAAGCCAUGGAUGUGAAAGUUGAUCCCGGGCGGUUAACAUUGACUUACCCACACGGCAACUUUUCAAGCAUGUUUACUUUCAUUGUCAGCUCCAAUCCCAUUGGCGGCAAACGCGAUCUUCAAGGAUUUGGGGAUUUGGAUGGCAUCAACAUCACCACCACAGGGUCGGUUCUACCGGAUCCUGAGAUCGGUUUCUGUGGGCUCGUUGGUGGUACAUGCUCCAUCAUCCAUGGCUUUGAGUUCUGGAACAUUACUUACGUAAUGCCUCCAGAUGCUUCUGCGAUUCCUUACAUCACUUUCAACGUCAAUCCGUAG